AUGGCUUCAGCAUAUAGUCAGGAGCAAGUUUCGCAGUUCUUCGGCCACAUCGGUCUUCCUAAAGCGCUGCGAGAAGACCUUCGGCCUUCAUUGAUGCUCUUGAAAGCCUUGCACACUCACUCGCUCGCUACGUUCCCUAUCGACCUCGAUCCUCAACAUCUUUUUCGAAAGAUGGUGACUGAUAGACGUGGCCGCGGUGGUUUCUGUAUGGAGAUUGCGAUCUUGUACAACCACAUUCUUCGGGCUAUAGGAUUCGAUGCAUAUACUGCUGGGGUACGAACUCGAGGGAGACUUGAGGGUGUUCCAAAAGGGGACUAUCCAGGCUGGAACCAUAUCGUGAAUAUCAUCACUUUCCCCGAUGGCAGCAAAUAUCAUUCCGAUGUAGCAUUCGGAGGUGACGGCGCCACGAUGCCAAUGCCACUCGUCGACGGUUUCGUACACAAGAACCUUGGAACCCAGCAAAUCCGACUCAAGAAAGAUUGGAUACCUCAUCAAGUCCACAAGACAGAAGAGACCAAACUCUGGAUCUAUCAGUAUCGAAACGGUCAAGACAUGGAGUGGAACUCUUUCUACUCGUUUCCGGGCAUCGAGUUCUUGGCUUUGGACUGGGAUGUUGUAAACUGGUGGAUUAACACUCACGCGGAUAGCCAUCAGCCACGCAAUGUGUUGACUAUCAAGUUUCUGCUUCGGCCUGUGGAUACUGAAGCGAGCUUCGAAGGGGAGAUGGAGAUUUACGGAAAGAGAAUGCUUGUGAAUGGAGUUGUUAAAGAGAAUCUCGGCGGAAAGACAUAG